AAAUCUGGGUGAUUUUAACGAUUUCUUCAAUGUUCUUUGUGGUGAAUUGUUUACGAUAUUAACUUGUCAUUAUUAUAAAUUGAGCUUCUAUAGAUGUGGAGAUGGAGAAGUUGUAUGUACCUAAAAAAAUCUCUCUGUGGUUUUCAUAGUCCAGUCAGCUCAAAGGACCGCCUGUGUUACAGAAGCAUUUCAAAAGUGACUGUACCUGAGAGAGCAGUAUCACUUGAGGUCAGUCCAGUAAGUAUGGCUGACGUCCCCCAGAAAGUCCCUCAGUUCUACAGAAGGGUACUCCCUCAGACCUGUAUAUCAUUCUAUUCCGAGGAAGGAAAGAAAAUUUUCCGCGAAGCGCUAGAUUCGGGACACAUGGAGUGCUACUUUAAGCUGGCUGCCCAGUUUCGGACUCAGGAUGAGCCGGCCUUCUGUGGACUGACCACUCUAGUGAUCGCAUUGAAUGCCCUGGAGGUGGAUCCCGGCGAAGUGUGGAAAGGACCUUGGCGCUGGUACCAUGAGAGAAUGUUGGACUGCUGUAUUCCUAUCAGUCUGGUGGAGCAGGAGGGGAUCACGUUCACCCAGUUUGUCUGUCUGGCCGAGUGUAACUCGCUGGAGGUACAGCCAACAAAGGCAGGCACGGGGGGUACACUGGAACAGUUCAGAGACAUCAUUAUUGAGUAUACAAAGAGGGACGAUGAAUUUCUGAUUCUCAGCUACUCCAGGAAAACUCUCAAUCAAACAGGUGAUGGCCAUUUUUCUCCUGUGGGAGGGUACCACCCUGAGAAAGAUCUGGUCCUGAUGCUGGACACAGCCAGGUUUAAGUAUCCUCCUCACUGGGUCACGGUCGAUCUACUCUGGGAAGCUAUGCACGCCCUCGACAAAACUACAGGUGAACCAAGAGGCUACCUCACAGUGAAGAAGAAAAUGCAGUCUUCACACACAGAACAGAGAGACAUUUUGACAUUGUUUAAGAUUUCACCUUCCUUUGACAUAACUAACGUCAAGGUCUUCAGUCCUGGUAUUUCUCCGUUCAUCACUCAGUGGCAAGAUUGGUUAGAGAAAGAAUACACCGAGCAGGAGGGAGACAACAACGCAGUGCAGUACAUUAUCCAGAAUCUGGACACCUGUGCUGAAGCAGGGGAUGAAAAUGAAACGGUUUUCACCACUCAGAUUGACAUUAAAUGUGUCGGCGAUAUUUCCAAGGCACAUGCCUGUGUAGUCCAUCAGCUUCUGAACAGCAUUGAAAAAACAUCUGUCUACAAAGCUGUGACAGAUUUUCUUACUCAGCAGGGCAAAGAACAUCAUUUAGACAAACUUGGACGUAUAACCAGCAAUCUUUCCAGUGGACAGGAGGAGUGUUUGGGAGGGAAACUGACCACUGCCCACUUUGUGGUCAUGUUUCUCUUCUCCUGGCCGUACGAGGAUGACGGCGACCACAGCGUAAAGAGGAACAAAGACGUGCUGCUAAAUCUUAAAUCUGAGGCAUUUGGUAAUGUGUUAAGUGGAGAGUUUAAUAUACUGAGAAAGCAGUUCACCAGCUUGCUGAAACUUCGCAAAGAAAAAAUGGCUAAGAGGAAGAAGUGUAGCUGUCACAAAUAGUUGUUUGAAUCAACAAAGGGUGUGUAAGGUUGUCUGAUCCCUCAACUAGGAGAGACUACUCUGAAAUUAAUUUAUUACAGUGUUUUUUUUUUUAAUCUCCGUCUUUUGGAAUGGGUUGUUUCAAAUUUCCUUUUGUUGACUAAAGUUUGUUAAUUGAUCAUGUUUAUCUCUCUUAAAAUAAUUUUGUAUGUUUCUACAUGAUUAGAUUUACUUUAGUUAUCAGACAGUAUACCAUUUCCGUUAGAGAGACAUUGAUCUUGUAGAUCAUGGGAUGUUUAAGGUGCUUUGGUGCAUUUUGCCAUAUUUUUAUUUAUGUUAUAUUGUUUAAACAUAAACAUGUUAAAUAUUUAAUCAAACCAGUAUGAGAUUUUUGAUAGGAAAGAUGUUAUUUUAUUUUACAAAACCCCAUCAUGCUAGCUUAUAAGUUAUUAGUUUUUUGGGAGUACAGUGUAUUAUGUAUAAUUACAAAUGCGUUUAAUUGUUCUUGCCUGUUAGUUUUCAGUGAUUGGGGGGCUCAUUAUUUUUUUUUACAAUGGGACCCUGAUUGUUUUGUUUUCACAAUACAUUGGUUUUUUUUAAUUAUAUACACUAUUCAUAUUAUGCUAGAUGCAUUUUUUUGUUUGGUGAUCCACCAGACUUUUUAUUUGCUUUUAUUUCCUAUCUUUAAGUUAUUUGUUGUGAAGACAUUAUAAUUAUCACACUGAUAAAAAGACUACAUGAGGAUCUUGGAAUGAUAAUAGAGUCAAACUUUGUUAUCUCGAACCUGAUGGGGCUAAGAAAAAACUUUGAGAUAUCCAAGGAUUUAAGAUAUUGAGGGUAAAAUACUUAAAGAAUAUCUGGUUGGGACUUUGUCAUCACUUCAACAUAUCCAUGGUAUUCGAGAUAUCAAAGUUUGAGAUCCUUAAGUUCAACUGUACCUUUACACAAUAAAUCACAUGGGAUUUUUUGUUUGAUAAAUUCUUCUAUAUUGUUUUUUUUCUGUAAUUAAUGGAUAUAGAAUCAAACAUAAUUCAAAGUUGUACCAUCUGAA